AUUUCAUUCCAGUGUAAAACAAAAACAAACUUAGAACAUCAGUCAGUUAUCUCAUUAGUCAUCUGUGAAUUUUGCAAAUUGCUCUGAAGAAGUGAAAAUAUUGAUAUAAGUUUUAAUUUUCAGUUAAUCCAUUAUUCAUAAACCAUGGGUAAAUCUACUGAACCCAAAUCUGACGGAGAUAAACAAAAGAAUACUUUGGACAUAGGUCUGUUGGAAGAAGACGAUGAAUUCGAAGAGUUCCCAGUGGAAGAAUGGACCAGUCAAGAUGAAGAAGAUAAAGAGGCUAAUGUUUGGGAAGAUAAUUGGGACGAUGAUAAUGUCGAGGAUGAUUUCAGUGUUCAAUUAAGAGCUGAAUUUGAAAAGCAAAAUAUUCCUGCUACCUUUUAAGUCUUCUGGUGAUCCAUAAUAUUAUGUUUUUGUGUUAAAUACAUGUACAAACAAUAAAUUAUAAUAUCAUACAGUUAAUAUAACGUUAUU